AUGCAACUUGCUUUUGUUCUACUUUUACUUCUAAAUCUCUCAUCAGCUAAAAUCUUUGCACCAUAUUGUGGUCCAAAGACUAGAGACAUCAGAUUUUGUGAAAAAGAUGAAGAUUGUAGAUAUUCAGAUGAAUAUUGUGGAACUGAAUAAAUUUGCCAAACUCAGACGAGUCUUUAUGAUAUGGAUCCUUGCAAGGACUUCAUAUAUAAUCCUUCUGACGAUGACGUUCGCUGCGCUUAAGUUUUGUGCCCUGAAAAUACAUACUUAAGACCCUUGUACAUUAGAGGCUGCAAGAAAGAUGAGGAUUGUGCAUUCUCUGAUGAAUAUUGUAGUCUUGAAAAAUACUGCAAAGUUUUAGUAGUACUCUAUGUUAAUAAUCCGUGCUAGAACUACUUAAAUACAGUUGAACAGACUUCGGAUAUAUUAUGCAAUUAGGUUAUGUGUCCAGUUGGUUGCUACUGUGAAAGAGGUGCAUGCUAUAUGACUCCACCCUGA